UCUCCAAGCUAGAAAGCUCAAACGCCCGCUCGCGCUUCCCCUGCAGCCUGCAACUAUACCUUCCCAAGUCCUACGCUCCGUACCCUUCGUACCUUCAUUUCUACUCUCAUCUCUAUACCCGCACGCGAAUACCCGAGCUCCAACGGACGUAGCGCCUGAUUCCACGCCGGCGAUCGUCAUGGCGGCCGUUGUCCCACCGUCGGAUGAAGCUGCAGAGGAGUUGCUGCAGAAUUUGACAUUGGAUUCUGAUAAUGAGAAGCCCCUCCAAGCUACGGAGACCACAAUGAAGCCUUCAGCUGCCCGGUUUGCACCUGCUGAAUCUGGUGCUUUAGCAAAUGGUAUUAACAAGCCCUUUGAGGGAUCUACAACACAUUCCCAACAGGAUUUCAUGGGUCCUAGCAUGUUCUAUAACCCUAAUGGAUAUCCAUCCUCAACAUAUUACUACAGAGGUUAUGAUGGUUCCUCAACCAAUGAAUGGGAUAGAUUUUUAAAUCCUGACAGAGUUGAACUGCCUCCAGUAAGUUACUUGCAGAGCAUGUAUGGUGACUAUCAUCAUGGGUAUGGUUAUGCUCCAUAUGGAACAUAUUCUCCAUCAGGCUCACACGUUGAGCAUGAUAACCAGAUGUAUGGUGCUCAGCAAUACCAAUAUCCAACUACUUAUUUUCAAUCGUCUACUACUAGUGGAACUUUCUCAACAAACAAGCCUUAUGCUCCCCAGUCUGAAGUCCCAACUCCAAUUGCACCUGACAAAGUGCAAUUGAUUGGGGACACCACCAAAGUAAAUCAAAGUCAUGUUGGUGCUGGGGCGCCUGAUCGAACCACCAUUUCGAAGCCUGUAAGACCAAUUUAUGAGGACUCCUCUCUGAAAUCCCUUGACUCCUAUGGAUGGGGAAGCAUCCCAUCAGCAAAUCAAUGGAUCUCUUCACCAGUUUCACAUAAUAGCAACUUCCCUUCUGGAACAAACCAAAGUUUGCAGCCUCUUCCACAUCUCAUGGGCUUGCAACAUCCGAGGGCAUCAUCUGGACUUGGUGGAUAUGUGAAUCAGAUGUAUCCAAGUAACAGGAUGUAUGGCCAUUAUGGGAACACAUUUAGAAGUGGGGUAGGUUUGGGACCAAAUAGCUAUUUGAGUGCAGGUUCACAUGAUUGGCCGUCUGCUGAUAACAAGUCUAGAUCCUGGGGUCGUGGGAAUGGCUUAUUUACCAAUUACAACGAAAGUGUGUAUGGCUUAAAUGAAUUAAACAGAGGACCGCGAUUGAAAGGCUUUAAGGACCUGAAGGAUUCUGAAUCUAUCACAUUAGCAGUUAAGGGGCAGAGUCUUCCUCUGAGGGUUAAUAGCAAUGAUGAUAAUUUACCACUUUUCCCGGAUAGGGAACAGUACAACAAAGAUGAUUUUCCUGAGACUUACACAGAUGCUAAAUUCUUUGUCAUUAAAUCUUACAAUGAGGAUGAUGUCCAUAAAAGCAUAAAAUAUGGUGUGUGGUCCAGCACCCCCAACGGUAACAAGAAACUAGAUGAAGCAUAUAAAGAAGCCCAGGAUAAGUCUGGGGGAUGUCCUGUCUUUUUGCUUUUCUCUGUUAAUGCAAGUGGACAGUUUGUUGGCCUUGCCGAGAUGGUUGGUCGUGUCGAUUAUGACAAAACUGUUGAAUAUUGGCAACAAGACAAGUGGAAUGGGUGCUUCCCUACCAAGUGGCAUAUUAUAAAAGAUGUACCUAAUAGCAUGCUGAGGCACAUCACUCUAGAGAAUAAUGAGAAUAAGCCCGUAACCAACAGCAGAGAUACUCAGGAGGUCAGCUUUGAGCAUGGUAUUGACGUAUUGAAAAUACUGAAAGGACAUUCCAGUAAGACGAGCAUUUUAGAUGAUUUCGAGUUUUAUGAAGGACGCCAGAAGAUAAUGCAAGAGAGAAAGGCUAAGCAGCGCCUAUUGGAAAAACAGGCCGGAAAUGCAAAACCAUUUAUCGUUUUAUCUUCACAGGAAACAGACAAAACUGAGACGACAGAUAAAAACAUCUCCGCUAAACCAGCAGAUUCUGAUGGUUCAGCCGCACCUGAGACCGCCAAGGCUGAUGUAGGAGUGAUUCCUCAUGGCGAAAAAGUGACAUUUGCAGCGGUGCUCUCCGGUGGGGUUGGAAAUGCUUGUUAAGUUCUUUUGCAACAAGUGGGGCAAUUUAUGGGAGUUGCAGAGUUGGUCUAGUGUGUUCAAAAUACACAAUAAAGUUUGAUUUGUUAGAUGACAUGGUUGAUGUGGCUUUCUUUUUUCUCUUUUUCUCCCCAAGAACAAUAAUAUAAAUAGAAUAGAAUGCACUGUUCUCAAAAUAGGCAGCAUGAUGUUGACUUGGACUGCUAAGAAUUUUGAAGUUUUAGCUUCUUGUUUUGCA